GGGGCCCCCAGGGGGGGCCCCCGGAGGGGGAGCCGGAGGCGGGGGGGGGGGCCCCCAGCGGCGCAGGCCGCGCUGCAGCGGAGGAAGGCAGCGGGGGGGCCCCCUGGGGGGCCCCCUGGGGGCCCCCGGGGCCCCUGGCGCUGCCGCUUUCUAGCACAGAUGCAGCUUUUGCGCAUGCAUAUUCUUCUCCUUAUUUGGAAUUAAAAAAAGCGGGAUUUGAAGAAGAUUGGGCCCUUUUAAUAGGGGCCCUGCUGCAUCCAAACCCUGCAAUAAGGCCCACGGUGAGGCACGUUAUUGCUGCUUUCCCGAGCCUCUUUGCUGCUGCAGCGCAGCAGCCGGCAGCAGCAGCAGCAGCUGCUGCUGCUGCAGAGCCCGCAGCAGCAGCAGCUGCUGCUGCAGCAGGGCCUGCAGCAGAGCCUGCAGCGGAGUCCGCAGCAGAGCCUGCAGAGGCGCCCGCAACGGCGCCCGCAGCAGCAGCAGCAGCAACAACAGCAGCAGCAGCAACAACAGCAGCAGCAGCAGCAGCAACAGCAGCAACGGCAGCAGGAUGCCGCCGGAGGGGACCUCUACUCAGGGCCCCUCUUGCCACCAUUAGUGAAGAUGGAUCCAGUGGCGGAUAA